CACUCGUGCCCUCAUUCCCACAGCACUAGGGAAGCGUGCCACUACCUUCAGAGCAGCAGGAGAACCUCAUCAUCACCGCAGGCUCACGCAUCAUAUCUGCAGAUCUUCACAGGGCGCAUCACUGCUCAACGUACCCACUGCCCAGCAGGCACCAUCGGCCCAGAACCCCGAGUACCCCGGAGCAGCAGGAUAAGGACUUUCUUUCUCUUCGUCAGGAAACAAGAGCAGGAACGCUGAGCUGCUCUUAUUCACUUUCAUCUGUUUUAUUGAGACAGCAGUGGGACAGUGGCAGUCAGAGGAAGCAGAGGUAUAGACAGUGAGGAACCAUGGGGGACUGGAGUCUCCUUGGUAACUUCCUUGAGGAGGUGCAGGAGCACUCCACCUCAGUGGGGAAGGUGUGGCUCACCAUCCUUUUCAUCUUCCGCAUCCUGGUCUUAGGUACAGCAGCCGAGUCAUCUUGGGGUGACGAGCAGUCCGACUUCAUGUGUGACACACAGCAGCCUGGUUGCACCAAUGUUUGCUAUGACAGUGCCUUCCCCAUCGCCCACAUCCGCUAUUGGGUGUUGCAGAUUGUCUUUGUCUCCACGCCCUCGCUCAUAUACAUGGGCCAUGCCAUGCACACUGUGCGUAUGGAGGAAAAACGCAGACGGCAACUGCAGGAGGAGCGUGAGAAAGAUGAGGAUGGAGGGAAGCCUGAAGGUGGCGAGAAGGAGUACCUGGAGCAAAAGGAGGGGGCUUCUGAAACACCAGCCAAGAUUCGACUUAAAGGUGCACUGCUAAAGACUUAUGUUUUGAGCAUCCUGAUCCGCUUGGUCAUGGAAGUAACUUUCAUCAUGUUCCAGUAUAUGAUGUAUGGAAUCUUUUUAAAAGCAUUGUACCACUGCAGUACAUUACCAUGUCCUAACCCAGUCAACUGUUACAUGUCACGGCCUACAGAGAAAAACGUCUUCAUUGUGUUCAUGUUGGUGGUGGCAGCCGUGUCCAUAUUCCUCAGUAUUUUGGAGCUUUAUCAUCUUGCUUGGAAGGGGUGCAAGAGGUGCUUCCAUAAGUAUGUUGAGAGCCGUGCAACCAACAGCAACAGUGAAAAUAACAAAAAAAAUGGCAAAGCGGUUUCAGCAGCCAUGACUUCUAUCUUUCCACACAGCUCCCAGUCCCACCUUCCCAAGAACUGCACCCCACCACCAGAUUUUAACCAGUGCUUAGCAUCAGGAGGAGGACCAUCCUCACCUGAUCAUGUUCAUCACCAUGUUCAUUCCCUCCACUCAGGCGACCAGUCCUUCACCAACCACUUGGCACAUCAGCAGAACUCAGUUAACCUUGCCACUGAGAGGCACUGUCAACGCAGCCAUGAUGACCUGGAGGCAGGGGAGGAUUUUUUGAGAAUGAGUUAUGAUUCCCAACAAGCCAUUGUGGCUUGUGGCCCUGCUGAAGUAUUACCCAGUGCUCCAUCUACACCAACAUCCAAUAGCAGCUUCAUCAGAGACAAAUGCCGCUUUAGUAAGAACAGUGGCUCAAGUAGCAGCAAAACACGGCCUGACUUAGCAGUUUGAUCAAAGUGUGACCAGAUCCCAGGGUAUAUUGGCGAAUAAUAUAUGUUAUUUGCAAUGUAUGGGUGUAAUAUGUAAACUAAUUGGCCAAAUGUAUGUGGAGACCUGAUUAUCACAUCCAUAUGUUGCCCAAACUAUUGCCUACUUGUCCAAAAUGCCUUGGUAUGACAUAACAUUAGGGUUUGCCUUCACUGCAAAUACAGGUUUAACCUUUUCCAUUAUGACAACCCUCCUGCAAAAGAGUGUGAAAGAAAUCAAAUGUACUGCACAGAGCCCUGACCUUAAUCCCACUGAACACUUUUUGCAUGAAUAGGAAGACUGACUGUUCCCCUGACCUCCUCGCCCAACAUCAGGUCCUGACCUCACUAACAUUUGGGUGUGAAUGUCAAAUGUCCACAUACUUUUGGCUAUAUAGUGUCUGUCUAUGUACAUUCUAAAAUUGAUUCAAUGAAAAAAGAAACAACUUGGGUAAAUUUGGACUCAAUGCUGGUGCUAUGUGGACUAAUACAGCCAGCAUGAGGUAAGGGUUUUGGCUCAGCUAUUAAUUGUGGUUGGAAAUUGGGGUAAAAAUAAUAAUUGCUGAGUCUUUGAUUUGAUUCAAAAACAUUGAUUUCUGGCUCACUUUAUAGCUUUAUAGUUGGUGUAAAUGAAAACUAUUACCCCAUAUCCAUAGGUAUUAUGAAAUCCUGAAUAAUGAACAUCAAAUGAUAUAUGAAAUAUGCAACUAAUCAUUUUACCAUCUCCAGCUAAAUUAGAAAUUAAGGGACAUAGAAAGAUAAUCCUACAACUAUUGAACUACUAAGGCACUAAAGCACAGGUCCAGGAAAUACAGUAUAUCUUGAUACCCUGCACCUGUUCUCUUACAGGUCCUCAAAUCCAACUCUGCAUACAAAAUUGCCCAUUAUCUACCCAUUAUUAACCCUGAUAAACCUGAGCCAAAAAUUUGACAAAAUAAGCCAUCAUGUUUUUAAAGUGUAUGUGCCUGAAAGUUUUAGUACUAGCAAUGACUUGAGAUUUAAAAAUAGUUCUUUGUAUAGGAACGCCUUAAAAGGCCAUCAGGAGGAGACAAUCAUAAGAAAGAUAUAGAUCAUGAAAGCGAAAGAAUCUGUAUCAGAGCACCUUAUUUGGUUUCACUGAAACUGCUGUAUAGUAUUAGAAGUGGGAAUAUGAGCGAGUAAUUUAAGUUAAAGAGGGUUUGUGGAAACUAUAGGAUGAAUGUAUUUGUAAUUUGCACCUGGAUGAAAUAACACUGAGAAUAUGAAUGAAAGGAAAAUCAUUUUAAAAUACAACUGAUGAGAUUUUUUUUUCCCCCAGAAUACAUUAUUUCUUGUGAAAAUGUAAACCAAGAGAAUAACUGCAUCAUUAUCAUUCUGAUCACUAAGCCAGAAGCUCUGCUUUAUAUUGCACAUAAGUUAAUCAGUCUGUGAAUUUAUAAACCAAGGAGCUUCAUCACAAUAAUCCAAAACGACACUUUAACCAGGUCAAAACUGUGAAAAAGGACCUCAAUCCCUUGUGUAUGAGUGUCAAGUACUUAUAUAGGGCAAUGCAGUGUUGUGUUACUGUGAAUGUCAGAGACAAACUUUUUAAGGACGUGACAUUUGCUUAACUCGGGUGAAGGGUACGUUACCUCUGGAGGUGUCAUGCAGACAGUGUGCAACUCAGACCAAACCAAGGACAAGUUGUUGCUUCUUCCAUUCUUAAGAAUACUUGUGCCUUAACUUAGCAGUACAAUCAAAUGAUUAUUAAUCUUACAUGUGCAUAGUGCAAUUUAGAUCAGACUUGUGCAAUAUCCAUGAAGUUACAAAAAGCACAUUUCAAUCAAUCCUCAUACAGUAUGCAUCACAAGAGGUUGGACGGAUGAAAAACCUGUUCUUCUUAAGUCUGUCUUACUCAAUAGCUUUUAUUGUGAUUGACCAAGUGACUAAUAAUCAUGGAAAUAACAUCAUUCAUCAGUAUUUCAAAUGGGCUAAAUAGAUUUUAAUUCUUUGGAAGAAAGACAUCCAAGGGUCGAUUGAAAUCGGAAACCAGGGUUUAAGAUCAUUUUAAACAUGUAUCAGUAUAGUCAAAAUUUUUGCAUGCAUAAAUGUAAAUCUGUGCAUAAAAUGAGAUUUUUCAACAGCCUUAUGCAUGCCUAGAGUGAGAAUGACCAUGCCACAGUAAACACUACAAUGCACUCAAACCACUCUCUUUUUUCAUUUAAAACAUGGUGUGAGUGGCAGUUAACUGGUGUCUUGUACAUGAGUCCACAUAAUAUCAUUACUUUGCUUUUUAGAUAGCACAAUAUUUGGAAUUAUUUAGUCAUUAAACACAUAUCCACACCUCACUGUGAUUUCAAUCUGCAAUAAACCAAUUCUGUCACCUGGA